AUGAACAACAGGCAUACGGGCGGAUAUUCCCUUGGCACUGAGGACUUGGUCAUCGGGGCGUCGUCGCCUUUCCCUGAAAUAUUACUUACCAUACUAUUUUCAGCGGAUGAUAACACAGACGGUGCCGGAUGCUGUGGAUGGCUUCUCUACGCUUUCUCGCUGCUCCUCAUCGUGGUUACCUUGCCCUUCUCCCUCGUUCUGUGUAUCAAGGUUGUGCAGGAAUAUGAGAGAGCCGUGAUAUUCAGACUUGGGCGUUUACCAUUAGGUGGUGCAAAAGGACCAGGUAUCUUCUUCAUAAUUCCCUGCAUCGAAAGCUACACAAAAAUUGAUCUUCGCACAGUUUCAUUUGAUGUGCCACCACAGGAAGUUCUUACGAAGGAUAGUGUGACCGUUUCCGUCGACGCCGUUGUGUACUACCGGGUUUCCAACCCGACCGUGUCUGUUGCUAACGUCGAGAACGCGCACCAUAGCACGCGCUUGCUUGCGCAGACGACAUUGCGCAACAUCCUGGGAACCAAGAACAUGUCGGAGAUCUUGUCGGACAGGGAGAGCAUCAGUCAAGGAAUGCAGUCCUCAUUAGACGAAUGUACUGAUCGAUGGGGAAUCAAAGUUGAGCGAGUAGAAAUUAAGGACGUUCGGCUCCCAGUGCAGCUUCAGAGAGCCAUGGCGGCAGAGGCGGAGGCUUCCAGGGAGGCUCGAGCAAAGGUUAUCGCGGCGGAAGGAGAGCAUAAGGCAUCCCGUGCGCUCAAAGAGGCUGCUGACGUCAUGGGUAGCUCCAGUGCCGCUCUUCAGUUGCGCUACCUCCAGACGCUGAGUUCCAUCUCCGCCGAGAAAAACUCCACCAUCAUAUUCCCGCUUCCCAUCGACUUGUUUAAAGCGUUCAUAAAUAAAUAGUUAUUUUUUCUUGA